AUGUUCCAGUGUCGGAUGUGUUCGGAAAACCCCUUCAGUUCCAUGAUGGGGGCUCCUCCUGGCAAGAGUGAGGAGAAGAAAAAGAAGAAGGGAACCGGCGAAGGGACGAAGAGGAAGUCGGUGUCCAAACGGGACAUGAGCGCCUUCAACGCACGGACCGAAGCCGAAGUGCGAGAGGCCGUCGAGCGCUGGAAAGAGUAUGCCCACCCUCGUGCCAAAGAGUUCUUCUCCACACCCGAGCAGCUCGAGGAAGUUCUCAUUCAGCUGGCGAAGGGCACUGACAAGAAUGAUGAUCCCAUCCUGGGACCAGACGAGAAGUGUGUGUACUGGUAUGGCGAUGUCACGAAGGAUGACCUUCAGGCGGCAAUCCGCAUGAUCAAGCCAGGCGAGCAAAAUGAGUCUGUGACAUACGUGAAUCGUGUCCUCGCGUUCAUCUUCGCCACGGACGAUUCGUUCGUGGCCGCCGCCGUCCGCAGCUUGGCCACUGCCCUUCGCUCGGGCCCCCGCGAUCGAACUGCAGAGAGGCGGAAGGAGUUCGAGCUACUUCGGCACCUCGCAGCCAACGCAUUUCCGUGGGCCGCAGAGGAUGUGAUUCGUGAGAUCGAGACCUUUGCCAGCCGCAAGACCUUCAUGAAAGUCGCAGGUGGUGUGAAGCGCCAGCUGCUGGAAAUGGCAGCUCGUGAAGCACCGAAGGGCUUGGUGGUGGUAGGAGUGGCGGGACACAUGAUGAGUGGCAGCUUCUGUGUUCCUGCAGCAGUUGUUCGUGCAUGUGCUUUGGUGCUUACGCGGCCCACAUUUGGCUCGAAGAGCCCGGCAGAGUGGCGCCGAACUGCCGCCAAGGGCAGGUGGGAGGGGCCAGCCGUGAUGCCGGUCAAGAUUGUGAAGCAGGACGACCUGAGGAGACAGUAUCCUCCAAAUGGAAUUCCGACGGCAAAGAACCAGACCGCAGAUGAUUUCCUCUUCCAGGCCUGCCAGUAUUCCGUGAGCAUGGGCAACCUGGACCGUGCCAUCAAAAAGGGAGCCAAUGUCAACGCCCGGAACAAGGAUGGCAAUACACCUCUCAUGCUCGCCUGUCAAAACUGGACAGGCUCCCAGUUCCUGCCAUUCAUCAACAAGCUGCUGGAGAGCAAAGCCGAUGUAAACGUAGAAAGCGGCUGGGGUUUCACCCCGCUGGACAAGGUUACCGAGCUCCUGAAGGAUCAGGAGGCGGCGAGGCUCCAGGAAAUUCGCGCACAGGAGGAGAGGCGGGAGAUCAUGGAAGGACGAAGCAUCGUGGGCUACGGCUAUGGAACUGCCGAGGAGCAGCGGCAGCACCUGGUUCCCAACCAACCCCUGGCCGACGAGCUUGACACCUUCAAGUGCCUGCCGCAGCUGCGGGAGUGCAAGAAGUUGCUGGAGCAGAAGGGUGCGAAGCCUGGCCAAAAUCCCUUCAAUCCGGCCUACCUCACCACGGAGGAGUUCGUGGAGAGACGAGAUGCCAUCUUAGAGAAAUACAAGGACGCGAAGUUCAAAUAUUCAGGUCACUGA